CAGAAACCAUGCCGCAUCACAUGACUCCAAUGAGAACUCAGAUUGCAUCCCACUGACGCUGCAGCUUUUCUGUGCUCGCCGGAUCAACAGUUAGUUUGAGCUUCUCAUGCGCCAGUUGACGUCAAGUGAUAUGAGGGUCUGUGGCCAGGGGCCCCUCUCCGCCUCCCCCCUCCCGUCAGUCUGCAGCUCCUCUCAGCAGGAGCAGGAGGGAGAGAACCGCGCAGUGAAGUGAUCUCUGCGCCGCUUUUGGAUUAUCGACGCCACAGCCGGUGCCGCUUAUUAAAUAUUUACUGAUCGCGUGAGGCGGCGGACAUGCGGCAGCGACGCCACCGCGCCGCGGACCCGCCGCUCUGAGAACCGGAGGACCCGCCGGCAGAUGAUGCCCCGAUGUGAGCGCACUUCCAGAGGAGACGCGGGAGGAUGAGGCAGCGGGGCGGCGGGUCGAGCGCGGCACCGGCGGGAUAUGAUGAAGCUGAGUGGGAAAGGACUGUGCACCGUCUUCUCCAGCACGAUCCUGUUCGUGUGCGCCCUCGGCGAAGUUGUGGUGGGAUUACGGUGCGUCUCCCUGGGCUCCGCGGUCAAGGAGCGCUUCCAUCUCGGCGCCGCCGCCGGAGCCUUCUACUCCGGGAUCCUGGUGGGCUUGGGCCAGGUCCUGCUCGGAACCGCGAUGCUGUGCUGCACCAACAGAGCCGGCUGCAGGAACUUCUUCCUCCUCGGAGUUGUGGUCUUCUUGCUCGGGGUGCUGACCGCCUUCUCCGGCGCGGUGGUGGACGGGGACACGGCGGCUCUGGUGGAGCGCAAGUACUCUCACUACUGCUACCAGUCCAUGCUGGUGACCCCCGCGUGCGAGCGGCUGCGGGGCUACCAGCGCGGGCUGGUGCUGUCCACGGUGCUGAGCACUCUGGAGUGCGUCCUGGGGCUGAUCCACCUGCUGAUCAUCAAGCGCUACAAGGCGGCGCAGUUGGCGCGCAGCCGGCGCGCUGAGCGGGAGAGCGCGCGGGCCAUUCUCUUCCGCGAGGAGCGGGACUCGUCCUGCGCGGACCUGCAGCCCGUCUCUUACAUCAACCUGGCGGUGUUUAGCGUCUUUGACGAGGGCGCAGCGGAGGUGCGGAGCGCCGGACACCCGUCGGUGGAGCUCCCGGGAUACGCGUCCUCGGACCCGGAGCUCAACCACUGCUUCCCCUUCUCCUACCCGCUGCCCAGCGAACUCCCGCCCGCCUACGAGGACAUCUUCCCCGCCGCGAGCGCCGCGCACAGCCGCUCCUGAUCCUCCGCUCGGACAAUCAGACUUCGGAUCCGCCGGCACCAGUUCGGAACUGCUUCCCGAUCGACCUUCUUCUCAUUCGUUUGCUGUCGAGAUUUCUACCUGUGAAUAAAGAGCGUGUUUAGUCUCACCCGGAGCUUUAGACGCGCUUCUGGUGAGUCGCUGGAGAACAGCACCGCAGUGAUUUGUCUCGCAAAGUUUGGAUGAGUCAAAGUCGUGGAGAAAGAUUGUGACUCUGUUGGAGUCGCGAAG